AGCUCAUAUAAUGUGUAUAUAUAUAAGUAUAUUCUUUUCUUUGUCUACAGUCAAAACACAACCGUGAACAUUUCUCAGUGUCUGCAAUUCCAACAAGGAGGUUUCUUGGUUUCUUUCAAUGCAUAGCAGCCAUGCCAGAGCUCUGUGAUCUGCAAAUCCAUGUGAAUGCCCAACAAACAUUCUUUGUGAAUGAGAAGAUUAUAUCAAAGUAUUCAGGGAGGUUGAAGAAGGUCAUCAAGCAAGAAAAGAGAAGAACCCAGAUCAAGAAUUCGGGCAUCGAUAUCGAUGACUUUCCAGGUGGAGCAGAUGGGUUUGAGCUGGUCUCAAGAUUCUGCUACAACCAUGGCAGGAUAACUGUAACCGUGUCAAAUGUGUCUCUCCUCCAUUGCUGUGCAGUCUUUCUUGGAAUGACUGAGAAGGUUUCACCUUGCAAUCUCUUGCAACAGACGGAGACCUUUCUUGAAGGAAUGUUUUACUGGUCAUGGAAUGAUAUACUGCUUUCUCUCAAGAGCUGUGAAUCAUUCUUCUCAUAUGUAGACUCAUCAGGUCUUUUGGAAAAGCUCAUAGGUGCACUUCUGGCAAAGUUUGCGCAGAAUUCAGACAUAAUCCUCAUUGCUCCAUCUUCUUCUUCUUCAUCUUCUCCUGAGACUACAUCAGGGUUUCAGUUCUCUUCCUCGACGAAGAACACUCCUCAAUCCAUCAGGCGCCGUUCAUCUAGCAAGGCAUGGUGGUUUGAUGAUUUGAGCAUUUUACCUCCAAAGAUUAUAGAGAAGGUCAUCAAAAGCUUAGGGGCUUAUGGCACUGAAAACAACAGCUUAGUCCUCACGAAAUUCCUCCUCCAUUACCUUCAGAAAACUGCCGUCCAUAGAAAAGGUUCAUUGAAUUCAAGGUCUGAGUAUGGUGGCCUUGCAGAUACAGUUGCAUAUGGGGUGAUUUUAUUGGGGAAGACAGCAUUUUCUUGGAGGGGUCUGUUCUGGAUAUUGAGGGUUGUUUCCGGAUUGGGUCUGAGCAGAGACUGUAGAAUUGGGCUGGAGAGAUUGAUUGGGGGGAUGCUUGAUCAAGCAACGUUGGAUGAUUUGUUGGUGUGCGGGCAUGAUGGGGGUGUUUAUGAUGUGAAUCUGGUGUUGAGAUUGAUUAGAGUUUUUGUUAGUGAUGAUGGUGUGUCCGCACAGAAGAUGAAGAAAGUUGGAAGAUUGAUUGAUAAGUACUUGGGAGAGGUGUCUCCUGAUCAGAAUCUGAAGAUCUCAAAGUUUCUCGGGGUUGCAGAAAGCUUACCAGAUUCUGCAAGAGAUUGUUUUGAUGGAGUCUACAGAGCUAUUGACAUCUAUCUUCAGUCUCAUCCUACUCUUUCAUUUGAGGAGCGAUCAAGGUUAUGCAGAUGCCUAAACUAUGAGAAGCUAACCCUGGAAGCCUGCAAAGACCUCGCGAAGAGCCCGAGAAUUCCUCCAAAGAUUGCAGUUCAAGCACUUGCCUCUCAGUCUCAGCAAUGCACCAUACCAACAACACAAGAAUUUGUAUAUGAGAGUCCCAUCAAGAGCCACGCCCAAAUGGUCUUGUACAAUAGCUUUGAUGCAGAAAGCGUCUCCGAAGAGAAUGAAGACAUGAGGUUGAACCUGCAAAGAAUGCAAUGGAGGGUGGUAGAGUUAGAGAGAGCCUGCAGGAAGAUGAAGGGUGAGAUGUCAAGAAUGGCAAGGAACAAGAUUUCUACUUCACCUGGUAACAAUAGAGCAUUGCCUAGACUAUGUUGACAUAUGGAGAACAUGCUUUCAAUUUGUAAAGCCUUGUGUUUUCAUUGUGAAUUUUGAGACAAAAUUGAAGUGUAUGUUUAAGGAAUUGCUUAUGAUUUUGUUGAGAGGAAUCUGGGAAUUCAAAGACUAUAUCAUAUACGUGUUGAGUUCGAAGAAUCCACAAGUUAAGAAUUUUGUGUUUGAG